GUUAGAUUUUUGUCAAAGUUGUGCCCGGCAGGAUCAAGCACUUGAUGCUUAGCGUCACAAGAAAUAUGGACGAAUCAAACGCCCUGCAAAGUUCGGUGGAAACAUAUUCACCGCCGAAUACUAUCAAUCAUCGAUUUCCAUCUAACUUUCCACCGACCGAUUAUGGCAAUGCAAUGUACCAAUUGCCUGCACACAACCACAUAUCACACCGUCAUUUACGCUGCCAACGUUGUAACGGAUUACGAUCCACGGCAUACCAUGAAUGGAAUGCUCUGGACCCAGCCACAUAUCCAGCAGUAGGUGUAUGCUCCAGAAGGCAUACUGGUUGCUUAGGUGCGGUAGCAAGGACGCUUUGGUAUAUCCCUGAAUUACCUGGUAGCUAGGGAUAUAGUUCUGAAAUUCUUGCCCCCUUAUCUGGGAUGCCUGGGUUUGCUGAAAUGGCAUUUGAUAUCCUUACGUUGUCGUUGGGUAUUCCGGAAGUAGGCGAAUUUUGUUCGUCUUCCACUCAGUAUGGCACGGUUGAAGUAUCUAAACUCAGACCCUAUAUUCCCAGCAUAUAGAGUAGAUAAAUCAGUUGGC